AUGGUGCUUUUAGAGGACCGGGUUAUUUUAGUAUCUGCCAACAAGCUGACUCGAUACAUAGAACCAUGCCAACUAACAGAAGAUUUUGGAGGAACUCUUACCUAUGAUCACAUGGAUUGGUUGAAUAAGAGACUGGUAUUUGAAAAGUUUACGAAAGAAUCAACAUCCUUGCUGGAUGAGCUUGCUCUAAUUAACAAUGGAAGUGAUAAAGGAACUCAACAAGAAAAAGAAAGAUCAAUAGAUUUGAACUUCCUUCCAUCGGUUGAUCCUGAGACGGUAUUGCAGACAGGUCAUGAGUUACUAUCAGAGUUACAACAGCGUCGAUUCAAUGGUUCAGAUGGAGGGGUAUCCUGGUCUCCAAUGGAUGAUGAGCUACUUGCUCAGCCACAGGUCAUGAAGCUCCUAGACUCACUCAGAGAGCAAUAUACCCGCUACCAGGAAGUUUGCAGACAACGUAGCAAGCGCACACAGCUAGAGGAGAUUCAGCAGAAGGUAAUGCAGGUAGUCAACUGGCUUGAAGGACCUGGAUCAGAACAGCUAAGAACCCAGUGGGGAAUAGGUGAUUCGAUUAGAGCUUCACAAGCUUUGCAACAGAAACAUGAAGAGAUUGAGAGUCAGCACAGUGAGUGGUUUGCUGUUUAUGUUGAGCUUAAUCAGCAGAUAGCAGCUCUUCUAAAUGCAGGGGAUGAGGAGGACCUUGUGGAAUUGAAAGCAUUGCAGCAACAGCUGAGUGAUGUGUGUUACCGGCAGGCAAGCCAGCUGGAAUUCAGGCAGAAUCUAUUACAAGCAGCACUUGAAUUCCACAGUGUUGCCCAGGAUUUGUCUCAGCAAUUGGAUGGCUUACUAGGAAUGUUGUGUGUAGAUGUAGCACCAGCAGAUGGAGCAUCAAUUCAACAAACUUUAAAACUACUAGAAGAGAAAUUGAAAAGUGUUGACUUAGGCUUGCAAGGCUUGCGUGAGAAAGGUCAAAGUCUUCUUGAUCAGAUCUCUAAUCAGGCAUCCUGGGCCUAUGGAAAAGAUGUGACCAUUGAAAACAAAGAAAAUGUGGACCAUAUCCAAGGAGUGAUGGAAGAUAUGCAGCUUAGAAAACAAAGGUGCGAGGAUAUGGUGGAUGUGCGGCGACUGAAGAUGCUUCAGAUGGUACAGUUAUUUAAAUGUGAAGAGGAUGCCGCUCAGGCAGUAGAAUGGUUAAGUGAACUACUGGAUGCUCUGCUGAAGACACACAUCCGAUUGGGAGAUGAUACUCAAGAAACAAAAGUUUUACUGGAGAAACAUCGAAAAUUCGUUGAUGUUGCACAG